GCGGCCGUCGAGCACGGACGGCUUCGCUCGGCUCCGCUCGGCUCAUCUCGUCGCAUCUCGUCGCAGCUCAGCACAGCACAGGAUCUCACGGCGAGGAAACAUGCCUGUCUCAAGGAUGCGCAUGAGACCCUGGUUGGAAAUGCAGAUUAAUUCCAAUCAAAUACCGGGGUUGAUCUGGAUCAACAAGGAUAAGAUGAUAUUUCAGAUCCCAUGGAAACAUGCAGCUAAGCAUGGCUGGGACAUAGAGAAGGACGCCUGCCUCUUCCGGAGCUGGGCCAUCCAUACAGGAAGAUAUAAAGUAGGUGAGAAGGACCCUGACCCAAAAACCUGGAAGGCAAACUUCCGCUGUGCCAUGAAUUCACUGCCCGACAUUGAAGAAGUGAAGGACAAAAGCAUCAACAAAGGCUCCAGCGCUGUCCGUGUGUACAGGAUGCUCCCACCCCUGACAAAGGACCAGAAGAAGGAAAGGAAGUCAAAGUCUUCAAGGGAAGCAAGAAACAAGAGCAAGAGAAAGCUGCACGAGGAUAUGAGGAUGGAGGAGUCAGCAGAACGACUAACCAGCACCCCUCUGCCCGAUGACCACAGCAGCUACACCGCUCACGACUACACGGGGCAGGAAGUGGAGGUGGAGAACACGUCCAUCACCUUAGACCUCUCGUCCUGCGAGGUGAGCGGCUCCCUGACCGACUGGAGGAUGUCGAAUGAAAUCGCCGUGGCUGACAGCACCAACGACCUCUACCAGCUCCAGGUGUCCCCUCUGGGUUCGUCCUCAGAAGUUGCGGAUGAAGAUGAGGAUGAAAUGAAACCACACAUGAUAAAGCCAUUCGAAUCCGCCCAGGACUGGCACACAACCAGUGUUGAGGGGAAGGGCUUCUUCACCAACGAGCCGGGCACGCAGACCAUGUGCAGCACGUUUGGCUGCGAGAUCGACAUGUCUUCAGGGGAUUUGGAGUUCCACAUGCUGGACCAGAAGAGCAGCCUGGAUUUCUCCUGGCUGGACUCCGUCAGAUCCCUGCAGCCCAUCUCCUGCAGCCUGUAAACCCUUGGCUUCCCAGCCCGUGAACUGCAGUUCUGUAGAGACUCUUAGAGACCUGAAGGGAAUGGCAGAAGUCUCUUGUUACUGGCUGGAAGAGGAAAGAAGCCGUUUUAUUCCGUUUCAGUUUUAGGCCUAAAAAAGCAAGAAAAUCUCCAUGAGAAGCAGAGGAGCCCAUCUCACGCAUGGGGCACCGGUGCUGUGCUCCCAAGGUGAUGCUCAUACUGCGGGCCAGGAGGUCCUGCAUCCCCAGCACCCAGCACUUUACUCAUGGGGUGCUUAGGAGACAGUGCAAUGGGUCUCUGUUGGUUGCUGCUCACUUGUGCAACACUGCUGAUGUGAUGAGCUUAAUGACUCUCAUUACACUUAGUCAGAGAGACUGCACUAAUUGGCCCUCUCUCUUCUUCCAUUUGCUCCAGCACAUAGUUCAAGUUCAGAUCAGAUCUUUCCAACUCAUGUAAAUAGUUCUGACCAAUAAAAUGUGAAAAUUCA